AUGGAUAAUCUUAAGUCAAUGGGAACAUCUUCCAAAAGGAUAGGUUAUCUUUACGGCCUAAAGAACAAGAGCCUAAGAAAAGCUUUCAUGAACUACUGGAGAAAAAAGCAGACGAAGAACGAAGUGAACCACGAGAUACAGGCACGAACCCCUAGCACGUGCGGUUCACGUAGACCCAGCCUUACCCCGUUCGGUCUGUUCGCCAAGAACGCCACUGUGUCUAGGAGGAUGUCUGAGACCUUGAUAGACGUCAACAGAUCACUGAAGAAUGGCAACAGGAGCAGGAUCAAGAGAAUCACCUCAGAUUUGAUGUGGAGACCGUCAUCAGCUACCAACCUCAAUCUUUCGCCAAAAGAAGAAACCCCGCCCAAGCCAAUCAAGCAGACGAUAAGCUGCAACACUCUACGAGUUCCAGAAGAAGGAGCAACAUCUGUUACAGUGCUAGAGGAAGAUAUUCGGAUAGCUUUCGAAAAGGAAGGGAAAGCCGAUUCUCCCAGUAAGCCGUACAGUCCGGGAGUGUUUCUGAAAACGUUCUUCAAAUUCGACCAGGAGAAAGUGACUAAAAAGCCCAAAGAUCCAACGGAAACUAGCCCUAAAAGAUCACCAAGAAUCCUAAUCACAAGAGCAUACUCCGAGGAGAGCGAAAAAAAUUCACAAGGCAAUUCACCAAGUAAAGAUAUAAACAGGAAACAUUCCAAUUCAGCAUCGAAUCUUGUAGAGAAGAAAUGGAGGACAAUAAAAUAUGAGGAUGAAGAUUCUGACAGCGAUGGUGCCAAGUCCAGUAUUACCAUGAAACCUCUAUUAGAUAGCACAACCAGUAACCAAUCAUCUGAGUCAUCGGAAACAUCGGAAUCUUCAGAAAAAAUAUUCAUGAAUAUUGAUAGCAGAAGAGUCUCGAUAGAAGCCUCUGAGUCCGAAACCAAUGACGAUCAGCUCCUUCUAACGUGGAACUGGCACAAAAAGUACAAUAAGCCUGAGGACGCCCGUCGUGUACCCAAAUCACUCAAAAUAAAAAGCAACCUCAUAACAACUACCAAAGAAAUAGUACUUUAAGUCAAAAUACUCAAGUAUUACCUCACAGUACGUCUG